CUACCGACACACUUUUUACCAACUAAAGUCAAUAUAAAUAUUCAUUGUUAUACUUGCUUAGUUACCUUUAGUUAUAUUCUAACUAUAAUAAUAAAAUAUUAAAAGAGUAGAAAUAUCCCAGAUGGAGACAAAUCCAAACUUACUUUGUUAUUAACGAAAUAUCAUCUUCUCUGUGCCUUAGUAUUAUCCGCGCCGGAUUUCAGAGUUCUUCUCUCCCCCUCUAAAAGUCAAUUGAUUUUUUUGUUUGUUUUGGAUUCACAGUAAAUCUCUUCCAUACCAAUCAUCAAGAACACAAAUUUCUUCAGAUCUAACCGCCACUUCUUUAUCCCAACUAACAAAUUCUUCAUUGGCUCUUGGAUUAUCACUGUACUCCUCCACUGACACUGCCGCACUCAGUAUUGAUUAUGUCACUGCAAUAUCUACGCCGACUUCAGCGUUUUAAGAAUUGGUUUUCUUUAUAUUUCCUUAACUUUGGAUAAUUAUCGAUUUGUUACGAUAAUCAUCUUUUACGUUAUUAGAUUAGGAUUCUCUGUUUUAUUAUAAAGGGCGUAGCCUUCACAGAGCUUUGAAUAAUAAUAAUACAAUUUACAAAUCUUCCAAAUCCCUUAUUACUUUCUGUGCAAGCAACUUCAUCUUCUACGAUCUUAGCAUCUCUAAGUUGAUCCUUCUUCACCAGUGAUCAUCUUCUAGGUUCUUUGAAUCCCCUUUCUUCUAAUCCGCAAGAAGGAUUACUAGCUCGGGAACUUAUCUUAUCUAUCUAUCUGUCACGUCUCCUGUCUCAUUGGUAUCAGACCUAGAACUCCUCAAGACCAACAUGGACACAAGGGCUACCACCGCUUUAAACGACAUGGCUAAACAAAUCGACGAGCUACGCUCAUCACAAACCCAACAAACAGAAGAGAUCCGCAAGGAACUCCGCAACGAAAUCAAUGCUCUCAAGGAUCUCAUAGAAAAGUUUAUCAACACUAAUCCCUUUACACAUCGUGAUGGGAAACAAGCCGAAGAAACUUCUGAGAUCACCGAAGGAACUCCCCAACCUAAGGACCCACCAGAUCGUCCCAACCCAGAGCAGGUCACAUCAAAGACAAUGACCACUAACGUCAAUAAUACCAACAACAACCCACCCCACCAUCACGGCUUAUCAGCACGGCUGACGAAAAUUGGCUUCCCAAUGUUCGACGGUUCGGAACUCAGGGAAUGGAUUUACCGCUGUGAACAAUUUUUCUCAAUUGAUAGCACGCCACCAGAACUAAAGGUUCGACUCGCCUCUCUUCACAUGACGGGCAAAGCUCUCCAAUGGCAUCACUCCUACAUCGCAAACCGCUACAACCAGUUCCCUCUGUGGCCAGAAUACGUUGCCGCAAUCUCGGAACGUUUCAGUGAGCUUUUCGAUGAUCCCUUAUCGGAGUUAGUUAGCUUGAAACAAGGAACCGACACCAUUGAUGUGUAUCUGGAAAAGUUUGAUUCCGCUAUGACAAGGAUCACACUUGCUCCAGAUCAUGCCUUGAGCAUAUUUUUGACAAACAUGAACCAGCAUCUCGCUCUUCACGUACGUCAAUUCAAGGUCACUACAGUCCCUGAAGCUGCAAAAAUAGCAAAACUUCACGAGCUCGCUUUGUUGCACACACCUACGAGGACGUCCAACAACUCGUCUCAAAGAUCAAAAUUUUCACAACCCAACAAGAAUCAACACAGCACCUCAACACCUUCUACACCUUACACUGGUGGGAAUCAAAACAAAGAACCCCUACUUUCUAAUACACCACAGAAACGGAUCUCUUUUGAAGAGAUGCAAGAAAGAAAACGUAAGGGUUUAUGCAUGUUUUGUGAGGAGCCAUUUACACCUGGUCAUCAUCUCAAACACCGGCGUGCUGAAUUCUUGUUCUUGGAAGCUGAUACAGAGUUCGACGCCGAAAUUGCGCUAGAAGAACAAAUACGUGAAACAACUCUCGAUGAUCAAUACAACAAGGUCGCCACUAUCUCUGCACACGCCUUAAGUGGAACGCCGACGUUUAACUGUAUGCGUCUACCGGGGCAGUACGGUAAACGGAAGUUGAAUAUAUUAAUUGACCUAGGCAGCACUCAUAACUUUCUUGAUGUAGAUAUUGCUAAAGGCUUAGGGUGUACUUUGAUACCAAUCAAGCCAACGCCAGUCGUCGCAGCAAGUAGAGAACUGAUUACUAAGUACAAGUGUAGUACAUUUUCUUGGAAGAUGCAGGGAUACGUGUUUAGUUCUGAAAUACGAACCUUGCCUUUGGGAUGCAGCGACUUGGUGCUUGGUGUUCAGUGGCUAUCUACUUCGGGACCAAUUCUGUGGGACUUUCUAAACCUGCGAAUGGAGUUUAACUUUAACGGUUUGAAACAUGUUCUCAGAGGUAUUACACCAAACAGUCCCAAAGAAAUCACAGGAAGCAGUCUCAACAAACUCAAGUUACCAGGACCUCAGAUUGCUUCACUUCAUCUUCAGGAGCUGGACACGCUAGAGACACAGCACACCGUUCCUUACCGCAAGCUUCUUCUUCCACCCAAUGCUUCAACUCGUAAUGUCUUUCCUGUGAGUCAACUUAAGCUCUGUCCUAAUCCGUCUACCUCACCACCAGUUCUGCCUCAGUACCUUACGGACAUUGUAAGAGUUAAAGAACCUGAAAUAAUCCUUGAGAAGAAGAUGGUCAAACACCAUAACAGGGCUGUGACGAAGGUUCAGUGGAAGGGACAUCCUCCUGACGAUGCUACUUGGGAAUUCUAUCAGGACUUUGUUGCCAAGUAUCCAGGAUUUCAUACUUGAGGACAAGUAUGUUCUCAACGGGGGAGUAUUGUGACAGGAUUAUGUCACUGCAAUAUCUACGCCGACUUCAGCGUUUUAAGAAUUGGUUUUCUUUAUAUUUCCUUAACUUUGGAUAAUUAUCGAUUUGUUACGAUAAUCAUCUUUUACGUUAUUAGAUUAGGAUUCUCUGUUUUAUUAUAAAAGGCGUAGCCUUCACAGAGCUUUGAAU